CAUAUGGAAAUCACUGUAGAACCGUUACUGACGGUAACCAGAACCGUUCCACACUGCAGUGGAAACAGAGUUGUUCAGACUCCCGAGGGUUCCUCAGUGAGUGCAGAUGUCGGUGGUGUGGUCGGUGGAGGAGACUCUGGCUCUGCUGGGGGUCUGGUCGGACAGUCGGAUCCAGGAUCAGCUGGAGGGGAUGAAGAGGAAUGAGAAGGUCUAUCAGACCAUAUCUGAGCUGCUGGCCGGUCGGGGGAUCCAGCGCUCCUCCAAACAGUGCAGAGAUAAGAUCAAGAAGCUCAAAUACACCUACCGCAUGCACAGGGACAAGAAGAACCGGAGCGGCCGCAGGAAGGACCGCUUAUACCAGGCUCUGGACCGGGUCCUGGGCUCCUGUGGUUCUGUCGGUUCUGUAGAUCCAGAUCCAGCUCGCCUCUCUCCGGUACAGGUGGAGCUGGGGGAGGACGGGAUGGAGCAGGACCAGCAGGAUGUUGUAAAGUCCCAGAGCCCUGCUGACAGUUUGAAUAACAGUGGACACUCCGAAUCAGAAGCCAGCGUCCCAUCAUCACCUGUACCUGCUGCAUCCACACAGAAGGAGGCGCCACCUGUUCCACCCACAUUACAGACCCCGCCCACCCCCGCCACACCUGAUGGCCAGGCUCAGACCAGCCACGCCAGCAGCACCAGCAGACGCUCCGUUCUGGGAAGGCAGCGGCACCAGCAGACCAUCCACACGGAGUUCCUGGCGUACCUGCGGGAGUCGGACGCCGCUCACCUGACCCUGCUGGAGGCGCAGCACAGGCGCUGGAUGGAGAGCCGAGAGGCGGACCGGGCGGCCGAGGCGGUUCAGGCGGCCGAGAGAUUGCGGGUGGACGAGACCUUUAAUAAUCAGUUCAUCUCUGUGUUCGGACAGUUCGUCCAGGUUCUCAGAGACGCUCGCUCACAAACACACGCCGAGAUCCCACCGGACUGAAUCCACGAGCAUGAUGGGAAAAAUAAUUAAAGCACUUAUAUUUCUAA